AUGUCGCAACAAAGCACAGCCAAUGUCGGAAAUGGAAAACAUCUUGUAUGGUUGGAUUGUGAUCCAGGACAUGAUGACUUUUUUGCUAUUUUAAUGUGUAUUCAUCCCGAUAUUAAAUUGUUAGGAAUUUCCACAGUUGGAGGAAAUCAAACGGUCGAAAAAACAACUCUCAAUGCCUUGAAGGCUAUUACUGCCAUAGGACCUGAUUUUGCAGAUGUGCCAGUGGUGAAAGGACAAGCAAAACCAAUGGUACGACCAGCAAAGCAUUGUGCUGAAAUUCAUGGCGAAACAGGACUCGAUGGUCCAACAUUUCCAAAACUAACAAAAACAGCAAUCACUGACGAAAAAGCUGUAAAUUACAUGUAUAAGGUUAUUAAUUCUCAGGACAGGCCUGUUAAUUUAAUUUGUACAGGUCAAUUUACCAAUGCUGCCCUUUUAUUGAUUUUAUAUCCGGAAAUUAAGUCAAAAAUUGCACAAAUUAUUGUCAUGGGUGGCGCCAUUGGAUUUGGAAAUACAAGCCCUGCUGCAGAAUUUAAUAUCGAGGGAGAUCCUGAAGCAGCCUCAGUUUUAUUUGAAUCUGGUUUGAAGGUUGUCAUGUGCCCACUUGAAGUGACGCACACUGUAUUGGCUACGCCCCAAAUUCUUGAACGAUGUGACAAGAUGAAUUCGAAAUUUGGAGCUAUUUGCAAGGAAUUACUAUUGUUUUUCAAGGAUACCUACAAGAGAGUAUUUUUCAUGGAAGAUCCUCCUUUGCAUGAUCCAUGUACCAUUGCCUACCUUUUGAACCCUUCUUUAUUUACUUUGGAAUUUAUGAGAGUUGACGUUGAAUGCUCGUCUCGAUUCUGUAAUGGUCGUACAGUGUGUGAUGUUUAUCACAUGUCCAAUCAACCAAAGAAUGUUCACGUCGCAACAAAGGUGAAUGUGGCAGGAUUUUGGGAGUUGCUUUUUGAAUGUUUACAUUUGGUAGAUAAGGCCACCUGUCUAAACCACUAA